AUCACCUAAGGCCAUAAUAAGUGAUGGUGGAGCUCACUUCCACAAUAGAUUAUUCCAGGUAGUGCUGUAUAAGUACGGGGUACAAUAUCGAAUUGUCACUCCUUACCACCAUCAGACAAGUGGACAGGUGGGAAUCUCGAACAGACAAUUAAAAAGAAUUCUGGAGCUUACUAUGAAUGCAUCUUACCAGGAUUGGUCAAAGAAAUUAGACGAUACUUUAUGGGCAUAUCACACUGCUUACAAGACACCUAUUGGGAUGUCCCCAUAUCGACUAGUUUUGGGAAAAGCAUGCCACCUACCAGUGAAAUUUGAACAUAGAGCAUACUGGGCAUUGAAGUAG